CUCACCAAUCAGAACGCGGCGGCGGUUUAAAGGGCGUUGGAGGAGGUUUGAAUUCAAACUCCUUUCCAGGAGGAGUGGUGUGCGUGUGGUCGAGGGCUGAAUGAUUAAACUUCAGUUCUUCCCAGACAAAAAUGGAGAAAAUUGGUAAAGAGAACCUGAAAGGACAUCCAUGUCAUCACAGCAAGCAGACACCUAUUGUGGAUGGUCCUAAACGUGUUCCUGUGAUGCAGAACCGGACAAAUGGAAAUAAAGUCCAACCACAGCGUGUUCUCAGUGCUUCCAGUGUUCCCCAACGAGUACCUAUCCAGCAAGCACAGAAAUCUACUGGUGCCAAUUCAAAGCAUCCCCAACAAUUAAGUCAGCAGCGACCAGUAUCUCUCGUGCAACCAACAUCUAAGACUUUGACUGCAAACAAAACCAGUGAAACUUCUCAGCAGCACCUUGCGUCUGAAAAAAAGCCGGAACCAGAAACUACAUCAGAUUGCAAGACUGAGAACAAAGAAGCAUCACAUUCAAAGACAGAGAGCAAUGGGCAAUCACGUUCAAAAAGUGAAACCAAGAAAAAACAAUGGUCCCUUGACGACUUUGAAAUUGGACGCCCACUGGGGAAAGGUAAAUUUGGGAAUGUGUAUCUGGCUCGUGAAAAGGAAAGCAAAUUCAUCCUGGCACUGAAAGUUUUAUUUAAGACACAGUUGGAAAAAGCAGGCGUAGAGCAUCAGCUGCGGCGGGAGGUAGAAAUCCAGUCUCAUCUUCGGCAUCCCAAUAUUCUUCGGUUGUAUGGCUACUUUCAUGAUGCAACUAGAGUCUAUCUAAUACUAGAGCAUGCACCUCGUGGAGAAGUAUACAAAGAGCUCCAGAAGCUUACUAAAUUUGAUGAGCAGCGAACUGCUACUUAUAUGACUGAGUUGGCAGAUGCUCUGUCAUACUGCCAUUCAAAAAGAGUAAUUCAUAGAGAUAUAAAGCCUGAAAACUUGCUGCUGGGAUCAAAUGGGGAGCUGAAGAUUGCCGAUUUUGGAUGGUCUGUGCAUGCCCCAUCCUCUAGGAGAUCAACUCUUUGCGGAACUCUGGACUAUCUGCCACCUGAAAUGAUUGAAGGGAGAACACAUGAUGAAAAGGUAGAUCUGUGGAGUCUCGGUGUCCUGUGUUAUGAAUUCCUAGUUGGGAAACCUCCUUUUGAGGCCGAAACAUACCAAGAAACCUACAGAGCCAUUUCAAAGGUAGAGUACAAGUUUCCUCCCUUCAUAACUGAAGGGGCUCGGGAUUUGAUUUCGAAGCUUCUGAAGCACAAUCCAUACCACCGGUUACCACUGGAAGAGGUUCUUAAACAUCCCUGGGUUACAGCAAACUCAACAAAAUCUCCCAGUCAGAGAAUUUCUGAAGCUGCUGCUACUACCUCUACCAAAAUGCAGUCAUAGCAGGGUGAACAUUGCAGCAGCAAAGUAACUGUGACGGCAAAUAUUGUAAUGCAGUGAACAACAAAAUAACUGAUGGCAAGUAUUGUAAUGCAGUGAACGUUACUGCAUAGACUUGGACUCAAAAGGCAGAGAAUCUUGUGUUAUGCCUGACCUUUAUGGAAUCUGAGCUGCAAUGCAAAAGCACUUCCAUAUUGGUGGUUUCAGUUCAUGAAUAUUUGACAUACUUGAAGUCCUCUUGCACAUGGUCCGAACAACUCGAGUUAUAGUUGUAAACCUUCUCAACUAUAUGGCUGUUCAUCCUGCAUUGGUCCAUACUGCUUAAUAGCAAAGGAUAUCAGUAAUCAACCAGUGCAAUAAUAUUCGUUGACAGUGUGCCCCUUUAGGCAAUUAAACAUGUGUGCAAUGAUAUGAAAUAGAUGAGACCUGCCUCUGUAAAUGUAUGUUAAGUGUGCAGUUUUCUAAGUGUUGUCCUGUCUUUAGUUAUGAAAUAAAGAUUUUAAGCAAUA